UCACUACACUUCCUACGGUGGCCGCAAGCUGCCGCAUAAACUAGAAAACUGGAGCAAGGAAGGAAGGAAGGAAGAAUCCGGUAGAACACUUUUCAAGGAUAUCUAAAAUGCAGACGCCAGUCGAGUCUGUGCUCCACAGUGGUUAUUUUCACCCAACACUGAGAUACUGGCAGUCAUGUGCAGCAGAUUUAAGACCUGAAAACCUCAUCUACCCAAUCUUCAUAACAGACAGUGAAGAUGCAGUAGAGCCCAUUUCAAGCCUUCCAGGUCAAGCCAGGUAUGGUGUUAAUAAGCUUGAGGGAAUGCUGAAGCCUCUUGUAGCAAACGGCUUAAAAUGCGUGCUGAUAUUUGGUGUGCCGGCAAAAAUAGAAAAGGAUGACCGAGGAUCUGGGGCAGACACGGACCAGACGCCAGCAGUGUUGGGCGUGAGGAAGAUCCGCUCUCUGUUCCCCAAUCUGCUGAUCGCCUGCGAUGUCUGUCUGUGUCCGUACACAGCGCACGGACACUGCGGUAUUCUACGUGAGGACGGCACAUUGGACAACGACGCGAGCUGCAUACGUCUAGGGGAGGUGGCGGUAGCUUACGCCAAGGCUGGCUGUAACAUCAUCGCCCCCUCUGACAUGAUGGAUGGACGGGUGAGGGCUAUCAAACAAGCACUGAUGUCCAAUGAAAUGGGCAACAAGGUUUCAGUGCUGAGCUACAGUGCAAAGUUUGCUUCAUGCUAUUAUGGCCCUUUCAGAGAUGCUGCCCAGUCCAAGCCUGCAUUUGGAGAUAGACGCUGCUAUCAGCUGCCCCCUGGUGCCAGGGGACUGGCAUUGCGGGCUGUGGAGCGGGAUGUGAGAGAAGGAGCUGAUAUGCUGAUGGUCAAACCUGGACUCCCGUAUUUGGACAUUGUGAGAGAGGUCAAAGACAAGCACCCGAAUCACCCGCUGGCGGUGUACAACGUGUCGGGGGAGUUCGCCAUGCUGUGGCACGGGGCCCAGGCCGGGGCCUUCGACCUGAAGGCCGCCGUGAUGGAGUCCAUGACGGCCUUCCGCAGGGCAGGCGCUGACAUCAUCAUCACCUACUACACACCUCAGCUGCUAGGAUGGCUGAAAGAGUAAAGGCAAGAGAGAUCGGACAUGCGGCAGGACAAUGUGGACCAAGAAUUAAAGAAUCCAUUUUAAAAGAAGACAGAAUGCAUACCGUCAAAUGGGAGGAUUUUAAAUAUUUAUCCUGCAUUUAAAGCUGACGAAAAAUAUCCCGUACCAAAGUAUUUUUAAAAAAUAACCUUUGUUUUAUGCCAAGUCAUUGAGUGUUAUAUGAAUGUAUCUUGUUGUAGCCUCCUUGACUUCCAAUAAAACGCAACAAAAGACAAACUUA